CUGAUUCAUGUCUGAGUUUCUCUGAGUCUCUUGACACAUAUACAUAUCUAAUAUAUCGGCGGGCAAGAUCUUUUCUUUUCUUUUCUUUUCUUUUCUUCUUCGUUUUUCUCUCACUUAUAAGCUGGUGGGUUGCUCUUUGCAGCAGAAAAAGGAGAAGCUUUUUUCUUGCAAGGUGGCUGACAAUGGUUGUUUGGUCGAUCUUCUUCUUCUUCUUCAUCUCCUUUUUUGCUGUUUCUUCUGGAAGAGAGAUUUUGCCAAAUGCGUACUGCUCAUCUCCAGGGCCUGACGUUCGGCUAUCUUGGAAGAAUAAUCACAGAAUGGUGAUUGAUAAUGGCUUUGUUCAAGUUACUUUAUCAAAUCCAACAGGUGACAUAACCGAAAUACAGUAUAAUGAAAUGGGUAACGUACUUGAAUUUCACAAUGGUGAAAGCAAUCGAGGGUACUGGGAUAUUGUGUGGAACAAGCCUGGAACUCGUGUAGCCUAUGAUAGAUUAAAAGGAACAAACUCUAGUGUUAUAAUGGAAGAUGAAAAUCAAGUGGAAGUUUCAUUCACUAGAAUCUGGAAUGCUUCCAUUGGUAACUACACAGCUCCUCUAAACGUAGACAAGAGGUAUAUAGUCAGACGUGGCAGCUCUGGGAUCUACAUGUAUACAACGUUAGAACGCUUAGAAGGAUGGCCUGACUUUGACAUGGAUCAGAUUCGAAUCGUUUUCAAACUUCGAAGUGAUAAGUUUCAUACGAUGGUAAUAUCAGAUGACAAGCAAAGGGUUAUGCCAGCGGUUAAAGACUGUCGCAAAGGACAACGCCUAGCUUAUCCAGAAGCUGUUCUCUUAACUGACCCAACUAAUCCCAAUCAUAAAGGAGAGGUGGAUGAUAAGUAUCAAUAUUCAUGUGAGAACAAAGAUAACAGGGUUCAUGGGUGGAUUUCAGAGGAUCCACCGGUGGGAUUUUGGGUGAUUACGCCUAGUGAUGAGUUUCGAGCAGGUGGGCCUCUUAAGCAAGAUCUCACCUCUCAUGUAGGCCCCACUGCUCUCUCCAUGUUUACGAGUACCCAUUACUCUGGGAAGGACUUGGAUACGAGAUACAGGAAUGGAAAACCAUGGAAAAAAGUUUUUGGUCCUGUGUACGUCUUCAUCAACUCCAUUUCAAUAGAUGAGGACCCUUUAUUACUUUGGGAAGAUGCUAAAGAGCAGAUGUUGGUAGAAGUGGAAAGUUGGCCAUAUGAUUUUCCUGAGUCGGAGGAUUUUCCAUCUUCAUUUCAAAGAGGAUCCGUUUCAGGCCAAUUAUUAAUACACGACAGGUACGUUAAUAAAAGGCUAACGUGGGCUGGCUCUGCUUAUGUGGGUUUGGCUGCACCUGGAGAUGUGGGCUCAUGGCAAAGAGAUUCUCAGGGCUAUCAAUUUUGGACUCGAGCUAAUAAGGAAGGAUAUUUCUUAAUUGAAAAUGUUCGAGCUGGAGAAUAUAAUUUAUAUGCUUGGAUUCCUGGUAUUAUUGGAGAUUGGAAAUUUGAUGGUAAUAUCACUGUCCAAUCAGGAUAUGAAAUUGAACUGGGUGUUCUUGUGUAUGAGCCACCAAGAAAUGGUCCAACCCUUUGGGAAAUAGGCGUCCCUGAUCGAACUGCUGCUGAGUUUUUUAUACCAGAUACAUAUCCAACACUCCAGAAUAAACUAUAUACGAAUCACCCCACAGACAAGUUUAGGCAGUAUGGACUAUGGCAAAGAUACACUGAUAUGUACCCUACCCAAGAUCUCAUCUACACUAUUGGCAUUAGCAAUUAUCGUCAGGAUUGGUUUUUUGCUCAGGUUCCCAGGAACACAAGGAACAAAACAUUUCAAGCAACUACAUGGCAGAUAAAAUACGAUCUAGAAAAUGUGAAUCAAACUGCAAGCUACACACUCAGAGUGGCAUUAGCAUCAGCUUCUGCAGCAGAACUACAGGUUCGAUUCAAUGAUCCAAAUCGGCGUCGACCUCACUUUACAACAGGGUUAAUAGGCAGGGAUAAUGCCAUUGCAAGACAUGGAAUUCAUGGAUUAUAUUGGUUAUACAACAUCAAUGUGUCUGGCGAUUUACUUGGAGAAAAAAACAACACAAUUUAUCUAACACAAUCAAGAAGCAAAAGUCCUUUCUGUGGAAUCAUGUAUGAUUAUAUUCGCUUCGAAGGUCCUUCAUUUACCAGUACUUAAUAGUUUCGAAAUGAUUCAAAUCUCAGGCAAACAAGUUACUCCUUGAUUAUA